AUGCGUCGUCGCGACUCGUCCACCUCCAACUCUUCCAAAACAACAGUGUCGUCGACGACCUCCAGCAAGCCUCGCCCCCCGCGCCCCGCGUCCAUCAACCCCUUUGCUGGAGACAGACGCACCGCACCCAGACCGCCCUUUAUCGCCAUCCACCCGCCGCUGACGCACCCGCCCCCGUUGCUCUCGCCGAGGCCCUCGUUGUUGCGCCGUCCGCCCAGCAACCCGAGCCUCGCUGCCGCUGCCAUCACCGCCGCAUCUGCAUCCGCCUCCUCUUCUGCCUCCUCCUCCGGCACCCGCCAGCCGCUGCGACCCCGGGACGGCAACUCCCAGAAGCACCAUCAACACAAUGUCCCGCUCCUGACGCCGACGACGACGACGCGCUCCACCAUUGCGAGCGCCGCCAGGAUGCCCGCCGGCGACAGACCGCGACAGCCCCAGCUCAGCGCUGCGGCCGCUCGCUCCAUCAACCGCACACCAAUCACCCCCAAGAUCGCAGCCAAGGCGCAGACUCCCGUCACGCCUUUAGCUCGGAGGCCGCAGAGCGUACAUGCGCCGCUCGGAGGCGAUGCCUCGACCCCUGGACCCCCCUUGCUCGGGGCCAACAACAUAACCCCUCGAUCCGGCGCUCGGCAGUCGCGCACCGACGGCGUCAACAACACACCGACCGGAACCCCCAACCCCGAACGGAAUUCUGAUGGAGGCACCGGCAGACCAGGCCUGGGCGCGUCGGGCACCGCCCCCGAUGGGCUUAGACGGUCAGGAGACUCACCGGGCGAGUCGGGCGACUCCAACAAGUUCUUCUACGCCAGCGAUGCCAAGUCAUUAAACCAAGGGGGCAUCCAGCGGCCUGCAUCGGUGCCCCAGAAGCCGGUGACCUUCUUCUAUGCCAACGGAAUCUCGGUCGAGAAACAGCGCAACGCGAGCCCGCCAGGUAAUAUCGUCGCUCCGGCCUCUGCGACUCCGCAGGAGCCCAUGGGCAACAAGUUCUUUUAUGCGAACGGAACUCCCGACCUGGCGCCCGCGCGACCGAAUCUGCCGCACUCUGGCUCAGGCUCCAUUGUGUCGUUCAAUUCGAGACCUGUUCUCGGCCGCCCUGCCACAAGCCAGUCAGUCACAGGCAUGGCUCCGUCUGUGAAUAGUCGACCAGUGUCACCAAUCAAGGCCUCGACCCCUACACUUCAGGCAUUGAAAGGCAGCCCCUUGCCGCCACUAUCACCAAGUCAGGCGUCUCCAAUGACGUCUCCAUCAAUAUUGCCUGGCUCGGCUGCAGCUAGCAAGAGAAGGGUCAGCAUCGAUGCUGCUCCCAAGCUUAUGCACAAGGGUCACUCGCGAGCAGGCAGCGUGCCUGUGAUUGAACCCACGACCGCGUCUAGUUUCGCAAUGUCUCCCAAUACGCCAGAAACGGUCUCGCCUCCUUUGAGCCCCGAUGCCUCUCAGCGGGCCAUGACCAUGGCAUCGAUCCUACAAGCCGCCGAGGAGCUAAGUGAGCGCGAUGACGAGGGUCUAUCCUCGCGCGGACCGCAAAGUCCAACCAAAUCGACGCACAUGUCGGAUUCUGUGAGUGAGCUGGUGGCAAAUGCUAGACGGGAACGAAAGGUCCAGGAUCUCGAAAUUACGAAUGCGUCUCUGGAGGCCAUCAACAGGACUCUAGAGCGGCAACUGCGGAAACAAACCGCAGAACUGAGGAGAUUUCGUCGGCUAUCGCGGGCAGGGCGUAUCUCUCUCGCCUCUGGCGUCUCCAGCCGGGUCGCUUCCGCGGCGCUUACGGACCCUCCGGUGGAUUUGACUGAUCUCACAGGGGAGGAAAGCACGCAGGAGGAAGACAGUCUGGACUCGCUUGAUGACUCGGACUUCUCUAGUGGGGAAUCCACCGGUGCGGACUCAGCAUCGCCGAACGCGAGAUUGGCGGCGCGACGGAAGCGAGAGGAGAAGCGGCUGCAGCUGGAUCUCACCAAGCACCAGGAGCUGCUGAUUGACAGCCAAAAGAUGAACCAGAGCCUCAAGCGGUGCUUGAACUGGACCGAGGAUCUCAUCAAGGAGGGCCAGAAGGCGCUGGCUUACAAGGUCAGGGUCUCGGACGUUCACCUUGGCGGCCGGGUACUGGCACCGCCGGACGAAGAGGACGAGGACAACGUAUCGUUUGUGGAUGACGCGACGAUGGGGCCCGACAACACGGGCCUGGAGCUGCCGUGGAACAAGGGCCCGCAAGACCGCGACAGCGGGAUUGAGCUGGCCAAGUGA